AUGCAAGUUGCUUUGGCCGACGGAAACCCACGUAUCCGGGAAGUCCUGGUUACGAAAGUAGACGUGGACCUGGAAGGACGAACAAUUCCAACCCAGUUCAUCAUCUUACCCAACAGCAAGGACAAUCGUACACUCCUGGGGGUAGAUUUCAUGGAAGAUGCUGGGAUCAUUAUCAACACUCCGCAACGAAGCUGGCAUUUUAUCGAAGACCCUAAACAGGAGUAUGACUAUCAAGGGGAAACCAACGAGACAGAAGGAGACUCGAUCCCGGGCAUCACAUGCUUCGUGGCAGACACCAAACGGGCUGCAAACAUACCUGGAGGAAGUCUCGCAAGAAUUUCCACCGCCACCAGCUCGUUAAGAAGCCCGCGAAAACGCACGAGGGAAGGGGCGAAAUCCAAAUGGUCGGAAGUUGAUAAAUUAUUCCAGAAGUGCCUACGCACCUACGAAUCCGGACGGAUGGACAUCGCGGCAGUCGGCAUAGAAGAAAUACGGGAAGACGAAGCCGUAAGUAUAACCCCGAAAGAAAUUGAGAAACUACAAAAUCUGUUAAAGGUUAACAAGGAGCUCUUUCAAGCAGAGGGGCCUCCGACGGCCGAGGCAAUCCACAGAAUAAACACCGAAAACCAUGCUCCCAUAGCAGUACCACCGUAUCGCCUGCCACCCGCGAAAAGAGAGCUGCUGCAAAAGGAGCUGAAGAAAAUGUUGGAAUGUGACAUCAUCGGGGAAUGCGAGUCACCCUGGGUUGCACCUGUGGUCCUGGUACCGAAGAAGAAUGGCAGCAUUCUGAUUUGCGUCGAUUAUCGACGCCUAAAUGCAAUCACGGUCAGCGAUUCGUACCCACUACCAAGGAUCGACGAUUUACUGCAUGCAGCCAAGAAGACCAACUACAUGUCCACCCUGGAUCUGCAGUCAGGAUAUUAG